UUUGUGCAGGCUGGACUGCGGUGGCUGAACACGGACACGCGCUCGCGGACCAUCACAAGACGCGCUGCGGCCCAGGAGGAGUCCCUGUGACGGAAAUCCAAUUAGACACCCGGUUCCCCGCUGAAGAAGAGGAGCCAUGUCCGUGGCUAUCCCGGACGACGCGGCGUUCGCCAAAUUCAAGGCGGAGUGUUUGUGCGACGACGGCUGGAGUUUGACCUACAACCGAGGGGGCAUCACGGUGCGGACCCAGGUUCUGGAGGAGGGCAAGUCGGUCCAUAGAAUCAAGUGCCGUAUGGUGUGUGAAGAUGUCUCAGCAGAGACGAUGUACGAUGUGCUCCAUGACACUGAAUACCGGUGGAGAUGGGACUCAAAUGUUAUUGACACCUUCGACAUCGGGAAGCUCACCGUCAACGCAGACGUUGGUUACUACUCAUGGAAGUGUCCGAGGCCUCUUCGGUACCGAGAUGUGGUCACUCUCCGCUCCUGGCUGCCGAUGGGGAAUGAUUACAUCAUUAUGAACUACUCCGUUAAGCACUCGAAAUACCCGCCAAGAAAGGACAUGGUGCGAGCCAUUUCCAUUCAGACUGGUUACAUGAUCCAGAGCCAGGGACCUAAUCGAUGCAUCCUCGUUUACCUGGCCCAGGUGGACCCGCGAGGUUCAUUACCUAAGUGGGUUGUCAACAAGUCUUCCCAGCUCGUUGCUCCUCGUGUGUUGAAGAAAAUCCACAAGGCAAGCUUGAAAUACUCUGAUUGGAAGAAGAAACAUAACCCGAACUUCAAGCCCUGGCUCUUCCCAGAGCAGAAUACAUUACCCAGCAUCCCCCUCUCAGAGCUGAGCAUCCAGCGUGCAGAGAGCCUGGAGAAAAUCGACGAGAGCGACGUGAUCGAGCAGCUGGAGAAAGAAGACAGCGACUAACGACAGACACACACACACAUAUGCACAUAGACACAAACAGUAUAUAUACGCAUACACACAGACACACAAGUAUCAUGCACACACAAUCACACAUAUGCAUACAAAUGUACAUGUGCAUAUUUGCACAUUCAGAAACAAACAUGCACACACACAAAUAUGCAGACACACACAUUUGCAGACACAUAACGGCUGCAUAACUCAGUUGGCUAAAAUGCACAUGCUCACACACACAUGUGCACACACUUAGACAUUCACACAAACGCACACAGUCAGACACAAACACAAAAUGCAGGGAAUCAGAAAUGCCUGACAAACAUUCACAACUUUAAAAUGUCAUUCUAUUAACCUUUAGUGUGGAUCUGCAUUCAUGACUGGAUACAUGCUGUACAUACAACACAUGUAUGCAGCCUUGUACACAAAGACAAAAUAUUUUCUUGAUUUUCAACUUGAUUCAUCAAACUUGCAUGUUGUAUUUAUAAAUGCACAUGCAACCCACACCUUCGCCCCCCCACUCUUCUAUGUCAUCCAAUUUCCUGUUUUAACCUGAGAACUGGUACAAAAAAUUGUUAUUUUUCCAGUAAUAUCGGUGUUUUCUAAAUUGAGCGUAUGCAUUUUAUCAUCAAAGUGGAUUUUCAGGUAUUACAGUUAACUCAAAGAAAACUUUUCUCCUUUUAACUUGUCUGUCUGACCUCUCGGUGCUCCUCCUGGUCGAACAUGUAAAGACACUGGAAACCGGUUCAUCGAAGCUCUGCGACCUCCACGUCCCUCUGCUUGUGUUUUAUCUCCAUCACAUUUUGUAAAGAUGUUUGCAGAAGGCAGCUGGAAACACCGUUCUCCGUUCCUUUCUUACACUCAGACGUAUGUACUGUCUACUCCUCAAUUUGAGAUUUAUGAAUGUAUGUAGGCUUUAAAAAUUAAAUACAGAUUCCUAUGGAGGUUUUCACAUUU